CACAGACGGAGGUUUAUGAGCAGUUCAUGAAUGAAACGUCAGAGUGAUUAAAUUCAACAGAAAAAAAGAAGGUGAAAAGAGGAAGUGCUAAAUUUCCCUAAUCGAGAAACUUUCCUCGGUGUGGUCACACAGUUAUUUUCCUCCUACUUAGUCAACCAACAAACCCACAGCUGAAACUAAAAAUAAUCUCUUUCUAGUCAUCUUGCCAAAUUCUGCCACCACACUGAAUCAUCUACUCUGCUUAGAAGGAAGUUAAUGAUACAAAAUUAAAAUUCAAUCAGCCAAAAUGCUAUCAGAGCCAAAUGGAAACAUCACUUCCUCAGUGUUGAACAUGACGACCCCGGCCCCUGGUGGUGGUGGUAGAGGCGGCGGCUGCCCACCGGUCGGUAUUCAACUAGAGGGUUUGAUCCUCCCUCCAGUCCUCACCAUAGACGUGGUACUGGGGCUGCUGGGAAACAUCAUGGCCCUGUGGAUCUUCUGCUUUAAACUGAAGUCCUGGAACCCCAACAACCUGUUCCUCUUCAACCUGGUCAUCGCCGACUUCCUGGCUCUAGUGAGUCUGCCGCUGAGGAUCGAUGCCUUGCUCAGGGGCUACUGGGUGUUUGGAGACGGCCUGUGCCGGAUCAACCUCUUCCUGAUGUUUUCCAACCGCUCGGCCAGCAUCGCUCUCAUGACCGUGGUGGCAAUUUACCGCUACUUUAAGGUGGUCCACCCUCACCACCGGUUCAACCGUAUGACUAAACGUCAGGCUGUAUUCGUGUCACUGUUUGUCUGGCUGCUGGUGAUGAGCCCUCGGGUUCCCAUGCUGGCUUACAACCACAUCAAGGGCAGCGGCGACAAAACCCAGUGCUUCUUCUUCACCUCUUACAAAGAGGCAUUGCGGGCCAUCAUCAUCCUGGUCGGCAUGCACCGGAUCCUGACGGUGCUGGAGUUCUUCAUCCCGAUGGCCAUGCUGCUCUUCUGCUCCAUCCGGAUCUCCAGCUUCCUGAGGAAGCGACAGAUGGGAAAACCAGACAAGGUGCGAAAGGCAAUGCGAGUGUGCAUUGCCAUCGUCGCAGUGUUCAUGGUGUGCUUCUUACCCACCACGGUGACGACCAUCGGGUUGUGGGUCAACCGCUCGUACUUCCCGUCGGACUGCGCCACCUUCUACACCUUCACCCAGCUCACCAUCGUGUCUCUGGGGCUGAACUUCUUGAACUCGGCCCUGGACCCCAUCGUCUACGUCUUCUCCAGCUCCAUGUUCAGGAAGGCCCUGUGCAACUCGUUGCCCCGCACCCUGCGCUGCAGACAGGAUGCAGGCAACCAGGAGAACGCAGUGUCCUCGUCAGGAACUCAGUCCACCACCCAGCAGGAACUCAAGUCCAUGACAGCCGACAAAGACAGCGAAGACAUGGAAUGAGCUUCUCCUAAAAUAAUGACUGUAGAAAACGUCUCAUCUUGUUAUUGAUUUGUGUAUUUUACAGAGUUAUAUCUGUUUUUGUAUUUUUGAUUAGGGAUGCACCGAUCCGAUAUCUGGAUCGAAUAUCGGCGGCGAUAUAAUCAAAAUAGAUGUAUCAGGUAUCGGAAAAUGCAAUCUAUACCUGAGGCGAUCCUUUCCCUUUAAAUCUAUUGCGACGUGAGUUAGGACAUACGUCAUGGAGCGAAGGAGAGAAUCUGCUGUGUGGAUGUAUUUCACACUAU